GAGCAGCUGCUCGUCCGUGUCGAGAGAGACGUGGUGGCGAAUGUCCUGCAGCUCUACCGAGAGGGCUGCCAGGAUGCGCAGCUGAAGCUCUCCCUGGUGCAGAGCGUCACUGAGAUCAGCCUUGCCAUCCAGGCUGCAGGCGCCGGCCCCAGGUUUGAGCUCUGCUGCAAGCGGGAGCUGCUGCAGACCCUGCUGGAGGUGAUUCAGGAAGAGCCCCAGGAGUCCCCGGUGCACCCCCGGGCCCUCGUGGCCAUGCAGCAGUUGAGCAAGCUGAAGCCCCGUCUGAGCAGGGAGGAAAACCGCCACCUCCUGGCUCAGUGCUGCCAGGGCAUCGUGUGCCUUCGUCGCCCCGAGCAGAUGGAC